ACACCAUGGCAGCUGGUGAUCUCCACCCUGGUCAUCCUGGCCACCAAACUGCUCCUGGUAACCCUGGUCCUCUUCUUCUUGACGUCUGGGCUGUGUUUAGUUUUGCAGGCCAGCCCUUCUCCCACAGAGCAAGGGGCCCCCAACUCCACCAGCCACAGGACCACAGCAGGUCCUCCCCGGUGCCUGCCCGGCUGGGCGCUGUUCCAGGGGAGCUGCUACCUUUUCUCCUCCACUAACGGGACCUGGCAGGUGGCCAGAAACAAUUGCUUGGCCCAGGGUGCGGAUCUGGUGGUGAUCAGUGAGCAAACGGAGCAGGGUUACUUGGUCCAUAGAGGUGGGUCCGUCCGUUACUGGAUCGGCCUCACCGACCAAGAGCGUGAAGGCGACUGGCGCUGGGUGGACGACACUCCUCUGACAUUAACGUUUUGGAACAGGUGGGAGCCCAAUAACCUGUUCUCUCCCACACCCGAGGGCAAGGGUGAGGCCGAGAACUGUGCCCAGCUGCUGGAGACCGGCCUGUGGAACGAUGAGCCCU